AUGAACAACGACAACUGUGAUCAUGAUGAUCAUGUGAAUGUCAUGACCAAAGCCAUGCGUCGAGUUAGUAUGGCAUUACUUCCCAGCUGGCCAUCUCAACCAGAUCUAUCAGAUCUGGUCGAUGGUCAAGAUGAACCUGCGAAUGAAGGCGCUCCGUCAGUAAUAGACGUACAUCCUGCACGCCAUCGAUCUUUCAACACGACGGUCGUUGAUCACCAACAACAUCUGCAAAGCAAGUCGUUGAAGGAGAGCAACAAGGUCAGUCUAUUGUCAAUAGAUGAGGACUUUGGACCAAGCAUAGCCAGCAGCAUCAACAAUUCUCUUGGCUAUCGUGGACACUAUAGGAGCAGCACUGUAGAUACUCAGCUCAAGUAUGACAAUGGCAUGGGAUUUGGGACCAAACCCCAACGACACCUGUCCAUUAGUACAAAUAAUAGCUGCAAUAUCUAUGCUGCUCAGUCGUCUCCCAAAACCAUCAACGAUGGCAAGCAAAAAUCAUGGAAAGCUAGAUUGACAUCUAAACUACGUAAUGGGCUCGGAAAACAUGAUGAUGAUUCGGAGAAUCAUCAAGAGCAGAUAACACAGCUAUCACCCAUCCAUCCCUGUCGUCACGGUGUUCAUAUUGUAAAUCCUGCCACUUCGUUUAACCAGAGUACCUAUUCAGAAGCAGGUGUUGUCGCAGCUAACAAUAUCAUUUGUCGAUCCACGAGUACGGGUGGUAAUCGACUUAAAAUUCAAUCCAUGCACAUAGGGCCAGACCAACUGUUGUCUAAAAUGAAUGCUAGACAAGACCCAAUUAUCAGUAGCGAAAUACAUCCCAAACCACUGCUCUCUGAAUCUGCCCAUUCCGAUCCUAGUAAAUCCAGCCGAGUAUUCGUCAAAGGCUCGCACAAGUCUAAACGUGUCUUGUAUUGGCUCAAAAAACUGCCAGUCUUCCAGUCCAAGCAGUCAGCUCAUGAAGAGUCUGCUAGUUUACCCAUGCAUAGACUUAAUGUGCCUGCCGCGAUCAAUUGUUCAAAAGAUAUAUCACAUCUCUCUCACGAUCCUCCCCUUUCGGCUCCGCAUGAAUCUUCCUCUGCAUCAAUCAUCACUCUAAACUCUGGCCAUCAAGCCAUUGAUCGUCCUCGUGCAAGCGAAUCCGAUAUUACUCGCACAUCUAGUCAUUUUGCCAUGUCCACUCCUUUGCCGCCUGCAAAGAAGCUCAAUUCUUCCAUGAUGGCAGCACCGAUUUUUCAGCAGGAUAAUGCGUCUACUUGGAGCACUCCCGCCUUUUGUCGUCAAGAUGCACCUUUUGCUCACACUCCCGAUCGCAGUAUUGCCAAGCAACCCGAUACUAUGCUUGCAUUCAAGCAAUCAAGGGAAAGAAAGGCAAGCGAAUCUAUCAUGCUGCAGUCCUGGAAUCCAGCACAAACAUCCAUGCCUUUUCAACAUGUCCGUGGUAAAACCAUGAUGGACUUGACUGAUUCGACGCGCGCAUCGUCAUUUGCAACCCAGCAGCAAGUAUCAAGCCUGCAUUCGCUUAUGCACCAGCCUACUGCUACUACUAGCCGGUUCUCUACAUCACUUAACCAUCGUCAAUCGGAAUUGGUUCAUCACAGAUUGCAAGACAUAUAUACCUCUGAACAGAGUUUUGAUAUUCCCCAAGAAUGGAAUACACCUACUGACUCUGUUAUCUCCCUUCCCUCGCCAGCUGAUUUGCCGAUUGUAACAGCCCAAUCUAGUAUAUCCAGCAUUUUACAUGUCGAUUUCAAGUCUGACUCGUCAAUCCAACCACAGUAUCAUACUUAUCUACCUUCACCACCAAAAAUCGAUACGUUUGUGCUUCCCAAAAGCACCCUCCUAUCCCCGCUUCAUAUCAAUGUGCUUAGUAUGCAUCAAAAAGAGGAAAAAGAGGACAUGUUUGACUCUGUUGCAUUUGGUAAGCUUCACUCAUCCACUCUAUCUGAUGCAUUUGGCCCAAAGGAUUCUCCCACGUCAGAUUCAAAACAUUCAACAAUUUCACCAUCAAUACCCUCUGCUAGCUUUGCUGUUGGACAGCUCGAUACAUUGAUUCGUUGUAUCGGUCAAGAGAUAAAUUACUAUGAUUAA